AUGGGUUACUUAAAACAGUUAGACAUAGAAAAUUUCAAGUCAUGGCGAGGAAAACAUACAAUAGGCCCAUUCAAAAGAUUUAACUGCAUCAUUGGUACUAACGGGUCAGGUAAGUCGAAUAUCAUGGAUGCCUUGGGCUUUGUGAUGGGAGAGCGAGCCUCCAGUCUUCGCGUCAGACACACCAGAGACCUUAUUCACGGAGCCCACAUCGGCAAGCCGGUCGCAAACACUGCGACGGUCAAAAUCAGGUUCUGCAACGACACUGGCGAAGAAAUUAUCUAUAGUAGAACCAUAUCAGGUGAAUUCUCCGAGUACCGCGUCAAUGGCAAACAGGUCACACUUGCCAAGUACACGGAGGAGCUGCAAAAGAUAGGCAUCAUAGUCAAAACCAGGAAUUGUCUGGUGUUUCAGGGCGCUGUGGAGUCUAUUGCUAUGAUGAACGCUAAAGAGCGCACGAAGAUGUUUGAACGCAUCAGUAGGUCUAUGGAGCUGGCUUAUGAGUAUGACACCAAGCUUGCAGCGUUACAGAAGGCGAAGGAGGACACUCAGUUUCACUUUAACAGGAAACGGACAGCUGCUGCAGAAAAGAAACAGGUCUUCAAGGACAAGGCUGAGGCAGAGAAGUAUCAGGCAUUGGUGGACGAGCUGAAUGACAACAAGCUUCAGUUCAGCCUCUUCCAGCUUUAUCACAAUGAGCAGAGCAUUGAGGCUGUUUUGGAAUCCCUGAUGCAGAAGCAAGAGGCCGUUGCUGCCAAGAAGAGCAGUCUGGAGGUGUUUGAGCAAGCCGUGAAGACACAGAAGAAAGAACAUGGCCGCCUCAUGAGAGAGCUGCAGAAACUGGAGAAGGAGAUCAGGUCCCAGGAACAGACUCUCAGCCAGCAGCAGUCUCAGUACAUCAAGGCCAAAGUUAACACAUCUCACCACCUGAGCGGAGUUGAGGAUGCACGUGCUGUCCUCCAGAAGAGCCAGAUACAGCAGACCAAGAAGAAGCAGGGGGUGCAGGAACUGCAAUGUGAGCUCACAGAGCUGGAGAAGGCAUGGAGGGCUUAUGAGAGAGAGGCAGAGGAGUGGGGAGCACAGAUGGGUGUGGAUGUGCAGCUGGAAGAUGCUCAGCUGGAACGAUACAAGGAGCUAAAGGAACUGGCCAGGAAACAGGGGGCUGUCUUGGUCCAAAGGGCAGAGAAAGUACACUGGGAGGUGAAGGCUGAUCAAGAGAAACUGGAGUUUGACAAAAGGAGGAAAAGUGAGGUUGAGGUGUGUGCAAACAUUAAACAUUCUCAAACGCAACUAGAUGAACUUAACCGAAGAGCAGGAAAACUGGAGGAAUUUGCCAACAACUCUAAGUACUCUCUGGAGGAGCAUAGGGAGCAGGAGAUGCGUCUGGCUGAGGAGUUGGAGAGCUGCCGUGUGCGCAUGCAGGAGAUGAACGAGGAGCUGGCAGAGGUGUUGGUGGAGCUGCAAAACGCACGCAUAGAGAGCCAGGAGAACCAGCGACAGCAGAGACGAGAUGAGAUCAUGGAGAGUCUGCGCCGACUCUACCCGGACGUUGUGUAUGGGCGCUUGAUGGACUUGUGCCAGCCCAUCCACAAGAAAUACCAGCUGGCUGUCACGAAGGUGUUUGGCCGAUAUAUGAACGCUGUAGUGGUGUCUUCGGCGAAGGUAGCACGUGACUGCAUUGAGUUUGUAAAAGUGGAGAGAGCUGAGCCAGAGACCUUCCUCCCUAUUGACUACCUGGAUAUACACCCUCUGAAUGAGAGUUUGCGGCAGGUGCAGGGUGCCAAGAUGGUGGUGGACGUGGUGCAGUGUUCCCAGAAUGCACCUAAGUUGAAGAGAGUGGUGCAGUUUGUGUGUGGGAAUGCUUUGGUUUGUGAGACUCUCAAAGAUGCCCGCCACAUUGCUUUUGAUGGUCCAGUGCGUCUCAAGACUGUAGCCCUGGAUGGUACCAUGUUCUCCAAGUCGGGGGUGAUCUCUGGCGGUUCCAUGCACCUGCGCAGCAAAGCCCGCCGCUGGGAGGAGAAAGAGAUGAGUGGCCUGAAAGAGCGUAAGGAGCAGCUCUCUGCAGAGCUACGGGAGCUGAUGAAGAUGAGAAGGAAGGAGGCUGAGCUGAAGCAGGUUAGGGCCCAGCUUCAGGGUGUCCAGACACGUCUUAAAUACUCCAACUCGGAGCUAGAGAGCAUACGCAAGAGAAGUAUCCCAGCUUGCCAGACAGAUAUCUCCAGGUUGGAGAGUGAGCUUUCAAACCUUGAGUCUCAGAUUGAGAUACAGGCCAUGAAUGUGAAUGUGAAGGAUGGUGAAAUGAAGUCCAUCCAGGAGAAUGUCAUUCAGAUGGAGGACAUGGUGUUCUCUGACUUCUGUGCUGAGAUCGGGGUGGCCAACAUCCGUGAGUACGAGAAGGAUUAUGUGAGGCAGCAGGAGGAGUUCGAGGAAAGGCGGCUGCGGUUUGAGACUCAGCGAACGCAGCUGAGCACGCAGCUGGAGUAUGAGCAGGACCAACUGGACAAACAGCACAGUUACAUCAACAAAACAAAGGAGUCUAUCAGGAAAGAGGAGGACCUCAUCACAACCAUAAAACAGGAGGAAGAGCGGCUGCUUGCUGCAGUGGAUGAGGCUCAGUCUAAGCUCCUGGAGCUGAAGAAUCUGCUGGUGGGACAGAAGGCCAGCGUUAGUGAUGCCAAAGCUAGGCUGGACAGCAAGACCACUGGCCUUCAGGAGAUGUCCAGGGAGCUUGUGAAAGUGCAGAAGGAGCUGAUCUCUGUUGAGGCAGCUCUGGAGCAUCAGAGGGUAUGUAAGCAUAACCUGCUGCUUGGCUGUAAAAUCGAGGGCCUGCCCCUUACCUUGCUCUCAGGAACACUGGAAGACAUCAGUGACAUCCAGAUAGACUCUGAGUCCCAGAGUACCUGCACAUUGGACAUUUAUGAGCGUGAGAGGCAGAUGGUGUUUGACUAUGGACCACUGGAAGACAAACUGAAGAGUCUGACUGGGGAGCAAGAGGUUGAGAACCAGUUGGAGACCUUAAAAGAGAAGGUGUUGUCUUUGGAGAAGCUGAUACAUGCAUCCAAACCACCCAACCUGAAGGCCCUGGAAAAGAUGAGGGAGGUGAAAGACAGCUUCCGUGGAAUUGUGGAUGCAUUUGAGGCUAGCACAAGCAUAGCUAAGAAGUGCCAUCAGGAGUUUGAGCAGGUGAAGGCCAAGCGCUUCCAUCAGUUCAGCCAGUGCUUUGAGCAUGUGUGUGUUGCCAUCAACGAGAUCUACAAACAGCUGUGUAGGAAUAACAGUGCCCAGGCUGUUCUGACUGCUGAAAACCCAGAGGAGCCCUACCUGGAUGGCAUCAACUAUAACUGUGUGGCCCCUGGCAAGAGAUUUAUGGCCAUGGACAACUUGUCAGGAGGAGAGAAGUCUAUUGCAGCCCUCGCACUGGUGUUCGCCAUUCACAGUUUUCGUCCUGCACCGUUCCUUGUGCUAGAUGAGGUGGAUGCUGCCCUGGACAACACAAACAUUGGCAAGGUGACAAGCUUCAUCAGAGAGCAGUCCAAAGAAAACUUCCAGGUCAUUGUCAUCUCACUGAAGGAGGAGUUUUACUCACGGUCAGAUGCUCUGCUGGGCGUGUACUCUGAGUUUAAUGAGUGCAUGUUCAGCAAGCUCCUCUCCCUGGACCUCACUCCCUACCCCCUCAGUGAAGAGAACAACAAAGAGAGAGAGGGGCAGACAUGAAGGAGAAACAAAUGAAGUAAAAUGAGAAGUUACAUUUGUUAAAAUUACAAACAUGAAUGUCAGUCAGAACACUGCUUCAAAGAAGACAUAAAUUCCAAUUUUCCUUGUUCUGUUUUCUAAUUUUCCUGUUCUAUGUAAUUUCCUAUAAAUUAUUGUUUUGACAAUCACUGUAUUCAGUGAUAGGCCUUUUGCCUUAAUUUUUGGAAGGUUUCAGAUUGUUUUUAAUGUAUUUUAUAGAAUGGUUUUUAUGUCAAAUGAAGUUCAUGUUUACUUUUUUGAUAGGUAUAUUUUACAUGUAUUUGAUUAUAUUUUACAAGCCUUUUCUUGUAUAAAAGGUGAGCGGAUAGCAUAAUGAACUGUUUAAUGAAAGGCUUCCCCUGAAAGGUUUUUAGAGAAGCCAAAGAAUGCUG